CUACUCCCUGGUCUCCUUAGCUUGGAGAUGCAUGUAUGACCCCUACCCUGUGGUUUCGAUUUACCGGGCACCAAGGAUCCCGGGUCUCUGGAUAGUUUGGGGGCAGGAUGUUUGCACCGACGUAGCAGUAACGGCGAUUUGGGGGCCCAGUUUCUCCUAGGAGCUUUGUAUAAUUUGGGGAAAGCUGAGGCACGGGGAAUCUCUGGCUUGUGACUGAAGUGUUGACACAGCUGUCUUCGUACUUGCCCUACGGGCUCUUGAAGGGUCAAGGAUGUAUAGCUGUUAUUAUAACUAAAAUUUUAAAAACAGAAUUUAAACUAACCUUAUGUCACACCACCUUCCCCCCGAUGUGUAUUUUUUCCCAGGCAGGUCCAUGAGUUUGUCCUGCAACAUAAAAGAUAAGAUAAUCAUUUGAUCUAAGAAAGCCAUCUAUCCCGGUUCCUUUACUGGGAUUGUCCUGUUUUCAGCUCAUUUUCAUGCUAGCAUAAUUUAGAUUCUCAUACUCUUUUGCACCCUUGUAGUAACUGUGAAGAGUCUGUUCUUUACUUAGUCAGUGGUUGUCAAACUUUUCUCAUCCUUGGGGAAGUACUGACAGUAAAAGAUACUUAGAUUGCCCAAUAUAAUAUUGCUUUUCUUUCACAUACAAAACACCUCCCUAAAACUUCUCUUAGUGGAGGAUGCUCUUAAUGUAACAGCAGUAAAAUAAUUUAAAAAUGUAUGAUAUUGUUGAUAUUAGGUCAAACAAUGCAUCUUUUGUAAAUGGUAUUAGGUGAGGUGGACCAUUUGAAAGAGUCUCAAAACUCUGGUCUAAUGUUUUAAAUGACUGCAUUUAUGCCAAAAGUGAAGAAGACUUUGCAUAGACUCCUAUGGUUAUAUAAAUAUGGUGCUUCCUGAGGAUUGAUGUCCACUGGGACUUACUGCAUGCACUGGCUCUGUUAAUACCCUACCAUAGAGUAAAGGCUCUUAAAUAUUUUCUCCUGGAACUCAACUUUGUUUCUUUCCUGGAACAACUAACUGUUUUGUGGGCAUUCUGAGGGGAAAAGAUACAUUUGUUUUAAAAACUUGAAACUCGUGGCCUGUAAUUUGUUUCUGAAUGUGCAGAACAUGAUGGCUGCACCUGAGGUGGCUGGUGUGGUGGACAAUGCCCCCAGUCCUCCGGAGUCCUCUUCUAGUGUAUGUGCUUCCAAAUCAGACGGAGGUCUCCUAGGUGCUCUAAGCCCCAAAGACCCUGCACAGAAGCACAAGAACUCGCCUCUGUCAAGUGUAAGUAGCCAAACGAUAACCAAGGAGAAUAACAGAAAUGUCCAUUUGGAACAGCCAGAGCAGAAUCCUGGUUCGUCAGCAGGUGACACUUCAGCAGCGCACCAGGCGGUUUUAGGAGAAAACUUGGUAGCCACAGCCCUUUGUCUUUCUGGCGGUGGGUCUCAGUCUGAUUUGAAGGACGUGGCCGACACAGCAGGAGAGGAGGGGGACACAUGCCUCCAGGAGAGCCUCCACCCUGUCACUCGGUCUCUUAAGGCAGGGUGCCAUACAAAGCAACUUGCCUCCAGGAAUUGUUCUGAAGAGAAAUCCCCACAAGCCUCCGUCCUAAAGGAAGGUAGCAGGGACGCAGGCUUGGAUUUCCGACCUGUAGUACCUCCAGCAAAUGGGGUUGAAGGAGUCAGAGUGGAUCAGGAUGAUGAUCAGGAUAGCUCUUCCCUGAAGCUUUCUCAGAACAUUGCUGUACAGACUGACUUUAAGACUGCUGAUUCAGAGGUAAACACAGAUCAAGAUAUUGAAAAGAACCUGGAUAAAAUGAUGACAGAGAGAACCCUGUUGAAGGAACGGUACCAGGAGGUCCUGGACAAGCAGAGGCAAGUGGAGAAUCAGCUCCAAGUACAGUUAAAGCAACUUCAGCAAAGGAGAGAAGAAGAAAUGAAGAAUCACCAGGAGAUAUUAAAGGCUAUCCAGGAUGUGACAAUAAAGCGAGAAGAGACAAAGAAGAAGAUAGAGAAAGAAAAGAAAGAGUUUUUGCAGAAGGAGCAGGAUCUGAAAGCUGAAAUUGAGAAACUUUGUGAGAAGGGCAGAAGAGAAGUAUGGGAAAUGGAAUUGGAUAGACUCAAGAAUCAGGAUGGUGAAAUAAAUCAGAAUAUUAUGGAAGAGACAGAACGGGCCUGGAAGGCAGAGAUCUUAUCACUAGAGAGUCGGAAAGAGUUGCUGGUGUUAAAGCUAGAAGAAGCAGAGAAAGAGGCAGAACUGCACCUUACUUACCUCAAGUCAACUCCCCCAACCCUAGAGACAGUUCGUUCUAAACAGGAGUGGGAGACAAGACUGAAUGGAGUUCGGAUGAUGAAAAAGAAUGUCCGGGACCAAUUUAAUAGUCAUAUCCAACUAGUGAGGAAUGGAGCCAAGCUGAGUAGCCUGCCUCAAAUCCCUACUCCCACUUUGCCUCCACCCCCAUCAGAGACAGACUUCAUGCUUCAGGUGUUCCAACCCAGUCCCUCUUUGGUUCCUCGGAUGCCCUUCUCCAUUGGGCAGGUCACAAUGCCCAUGGUCAUGCCCAGUGCAGAUCCCCGUUCCUUAUCUUUCCCAAUCCUGAACCCUGCCCUUUCUCAGCCUAGCCAGCCUUCCCCACCCCUUCCUGGCUCCCAUGGGAGAAACAGCCCUGGUUUGGGUUCCCUUGUUGGCUCCCAUGGUCCGCACAUGCCCCCUGCUGCCUCCAUCCCACCUCCCCCAGGCUUGGGUGGUAUUAAGGCUUCUACUGAAACUCCCCGGCCCCAACCAGUAGAAACUCCAGUAGACAAACUGGAGAAGAUCCUGGAAAAGCUGCUGACCCGGUUCCCACAGUGCAAUAAGGCCCAGAUGACCAACAUCCUUCAGCAGAUCAAGACAGCACGCACCACCAUGGCAGGUCUGACCAUGGAGGAGCUGAUCCAGCUGGUGGCUGCACGGCUGGCAGAGCAUGAACGGGCAGCAGCCAGCACCCAGCCACUUGGCCGGAUCCGGGCCUUGUUCCCUGCUCCGUUGACCCAAAUCAGUACCCCAAUGUUCUUGCCUUCUGCACAAGUUUCAUAUCCUGGAAGGUCUUCACAUGCUCCGGCCACCUGUAAGCUGUGUCUUAUGUGCCAGAAACUUGUCCAGCCCAGUGAACUGCACCCAAUGGCAUGUACUCAUGUGUUGCAUAAGGAGUGUAUCAAAUUCUGGGCCCAGACCAACACAAAUGACACUUGUCCCUUUUGUCCAACUCUUAAAUGACGGACCGGAUUGGGUGGAAGAAGAAGAGAAACUGAUGUGAACAGGAAGCGCGGGUUCAAGAUUUCUAAAACUCUAUAUUUAUACAGUGACAUAUACUCAUGCCGUGUACAUUUUUAUUAUAUAGGGUAAUGUGUGUAUAGAAAGUCUGUAUUCAAAUGUUCGUAAAUGAAAGUAUGUAUAUUAUGCAAAAUGGUCUGUCCCCUUCACCAUGCAGUCCCUUUGGGGGAUGCAGAUUGUAGCUAAGAUGAUAUUUAGUUUGACCUUAAAAUUAUGAUAUUGCUGCCUAAAGCUGUUUCCAAGUAUAAUAUAAAAACCAUUAGGAAGCUACUGUUGCUCUAAGGCUAUCCUACUUUGAUUUGGUUCAACUACUAGUCCAUUUUCUUAAAUCUUAUGUAUGCAGAUUUCAGCCCUGGUGCUCACCCACUGUCCAAAUGGAUGUCUUGCUUACUGAAAGCCUCCCAAGCCUCAGUGUGUUCUAGCAACUCUGCUUCAAAUGGAAAAAUGAGACUGAUUGAGGAAAAAAAUGUAACCCUGAUAGUUUGACUUUUCAUUGAGUAUUUUACUCUGUUAGCUCUUAUUUUUUGUACAUAGACUUUAGGUUUAUAGAAUAUUCUGUUUUACAUCAGCAAAAUUCACAGUCUUAAGAAUAACAGCAUAACCAGGUCCCAUUUCCCUCACACCCUCACAGACUUCUGUUCCUAGAUAGUCAUCUCUAGAAAUUAGCACAAUCUACAGGUCUCUUCUGGCAAGCCAUCCCUUGCCACCAUGGACUUGGUCAACCUUGUCAAGUCCUUACCUCUCCGCUUGUAUUUCUGGUCUCAGUCUAUCUAGCCCCACGCCCCUUCGAAAGUUAAAGCAGAUAGUUCACAACCAAGUUGUGUGGUGACCUUGGAUGAGCUCUAGGCAGGCACUGGGGUGAGGAGGAGUCUGCAAAAUUAUUUUCAGAAUGAUCUUGAGAUGCUGGGUUUUAAUUUUUGAAGCAAGAAAGUGAUAGAGGGCACGUGUCUUGCCCUGGGGAAAAUGGAGACCAAAGUGAUGUGAAGAGAGCUGAGGUUUCAGGUCUGUAUGUCAUUUGUUAUAUGGACAGUUAUCUGGAACUAGAUCAUUUUUCCAACUCUACUUACUGAGCAAUUCUGGUUUAUACCUAGGAAAACUGUGAGUCUGUUAGAGCUUCUUUUCUUAUCCUUUUAUCUUUACCCUUAGCAGAAGUGGCUCCAGCACUCUUCUUUUUUAGAAUUAACAACUGAAAACUUAGUGUCAAUUU